AAUCUCUCUGUGUUAUUUCAAAUAUUUAAUAAUCAAAAUGUUUACUUUGUGUUUUUACAAGGAUGAAUGGGUUCUCUGUAAAGUUUGUCUGAAAAGCGGCGUCGUUAGUAGAGAGACGAACUUGAUCUCUUCUUCUUCUUCUGCCGUCGCCGGAGAGUUCUCCUCUGCCGGAUCUGCAAUUGCUCCGAUCAUCAAUACCUUUGCGACGGAGCACGUGUCCUGUUUCUCCAAUAACUCUGCUGCUCAUGCCGAUGCGAGCUUUCAUACAUACCUUCCCGCUCCACCACCGUCACUCCCGCCACGUCAGCCUCGUCACGUCGGUGAUGACGUGGCGUUUGGUCAGUUUCUGGAUUUGGGAUCAUCGGGACAGGUUAAUUUCGAUGCAGCAGCAGCGUUCUUUCCGAAUCUACCUUCUCUGCCUCCCACGGUUCUUCCUCCUCCUCCGUCAUUUGCAAUGUACGGUGGUGGCUCCGCCGUGAGUGUCUGGCCGUUUGUUCUCUGAUCGCCAUGCGACCAUAAACUAUCUCUACUAUCUUUUAAUAUUUUAAGCUACGAAAAAAACCUUGGAUUGCUUAAAAUUAGUGGUUUUUGUAUCAUUUCCUCGUAGCAUUUUGCUGAUGUACGUGUUUGUAGUAACGUCUUUGUGCAUGUUUUCAAACAUGACAUCUAUGCGGAUUUCCUUAUUCAUAUUUCUUAGUGUGAAAGUAUCCUAAAAUGUUGAAUUAUUAGUAUAAUAAAGGCUUUGAAUAUAG